GUGUUGGCAACGUGUGAACGUUUCAGGGCGAGGCGACCGUGGAGGACCGCAGUGAACGGUGUUUUACUGCAGAUCCAGGGAGAGGAACCUGUUUGCUUUCCACAGCAGGUGCAAGACAAUGGAGAUGAAAGUCGAACAGCAGGACGAAGACAUCACAUUCAGCAACACAGACACUAAUGGUAAACGCCCAGCAGAGGACAUGGAUGAAGAGCAAGCCUUUAAACGUUCACGCAACACAGAUGAGAUGGUGGAGCUGCGAGUGCUGCUGCAGAGCAAAAAUGCUGGUGCUGUUAUUGGGAAGGGUGGCAAGAACAUAAAAGCCCUACGCACAGACUACAAUGCCAGUGUAUCAGUCCCAGACAGCAGUGGCCCAGAGCGGAUCCUGAGCGUGAAUGCCAGCAUCGACACCAUCGGAGAGAUUCUGCUGAAAAUCAUACCGACUCUAGAGGAGUACCAGCAUUACAGUGGGAUUGAUUUUGACUGUGAGCUUCGCCUGCUGAUCCAUCAGAGUUUGGCCGGGGGCAUCAUCGGGGUGAAAGGUGCCAAGAUAAAGGAGCUGAGAGAGAACACCCAGACAACCAUCAAGUUGUUCCAGGAGUGCUGUCCACACUCCACUGACAGAGUCGUCUUGGUGGGAGGAAAGCCAGAGCGCGUCAUUGAAUGUAUAAAAGUUAUCCUGGAGCUGGUGUCAGAGGCACCAAUCAAAGGUCGCGCCCAGCCUUAUGACCCAAACUUCUACGAUGAGACGUACGACUACGGCGGUUUCACCAUGCUCUUCGAGGACAGGGGCAGGCGACCCAUCGGUGGCUUCCCCAUCCGUGUGCGUGGGGGUUUCGAGCGCAUGCCCCCCGUUCGUGGCAACCGACCGAUGCCUCCCUCCAGAAGGGACUAUGAUGACAUGAGCCCCCGUCGGGGUCCUCCGCCCCCGCUGAGCCGAGGAGGACGAGGGGGAAGCCGAGCACGUAACCUGCCUCUUCCCCCUCCACCGCCGCCAAGAGGAGGGGGAGACCGGUUUUCACAUGGCAGCUAUCAUGGCAGCAUGGAUGACAGACCAAGUGACAGAAGAGGCCGAGGAGACCGCUACGACAGCAUGAGUGGAGGCGGAUAUGACAACAAUUCUUCCUGGGAGCACUUUCAGUCUGGUGGAAGAGGGUCGUACAGUGAUAUCGGAGGCCCGGUCAUCACAACGCAAGUCACCAUCCCAAAAGACCUAGCUGGCUCCAUCAUCGGUAAGGGCGGCCAGAGGAUCAAGCAGAUCCGCCACGAGUCCGGGGCAUCCAUCAAGAUUGAUGAACCACUAGAGGGCUCUGAGGACCGAAUCAUCACCAUCACAGGGACACAGGACCAGAUCCAGAACGCCCAGUACUUGCUGCAGAACAGCGUGAGGCAGUACUCCGGCCGGUUCUUCUAGGAAGAAGGAGGCAAAGAAGAAGAAGAAGAAGACGAGUGAAGCCAUGCUGCCAUACUGUUUGCUCCCUCUAUUCAGAGCCUACAUUCCUCUGCUUUGGGUAGACGUGCCCCUUCCCUUCACUAUAACGCACCACACCACCUGUCAAUACAGUGCAAUUUUUAUUUAGAGGAGUUCUGAUAAUCUUAAGCUGUCAAACAGCAAACAAAGAGUCAACAACAUGUUCCUGUGCUGGUGUAAUUAUUUUUUUUUGGCGAUUCUUGUGCCGUCACUGGAGUAAACCCACAUGUGUGUGAUGACUUUCGGUGUUGUGAGCCGCCCCUGGCCCUUUUUCUUUUUUUUUCCUCCUUUAUUUCAGUACAGCAUGCAGAAUGUAAUCUUUUUGUUAGAAACAUAAUGUGAGUUUUAGGUUGCUUCUUUUUUUUUUUUUUUCUUUUUGUAAAUUUCAAGCACACUAUACAAAUGAAGUUGCAUGGUCUUGGAAUGGUUAAAGAGCCAUUUAAAUACACUUUAAUUUGUACACAACCUCCAAAACCCCCUUUUUCACUGUUAAAUGAAGUGCUUUUUUGUAAGAUGGGCUUUAACGGGGUAGUUUGGGAAAUACGGUUAUUCAGUCUUUGAGUGGAGAAGGUCGAGAUGGUUCAACAGAGAUACGGCUUAGAAUAAGGCUAAGGGCUUGGAAAUGUGAGUUAGCUCGGUCAGUCUGUACUUCCGUGAAACUACCUACUCACAUUAGACUAAUCUAAUAGUACAAUUAAAACUAUGGAGUAAUCUAAAGCAUCUUUGUGGCGCUGACCUCAGUCUCGACGGUAAAUAUGAAGCUUCCAGUCAGUGUAGAGUUCCUGAGAAAGGGUGGUGGUUACAUAAUCCACCUAUCUAAGUCAGUCUCCUUCAGUUAUCUCCACCAGGAAAGUGAGUAAACGUAUUUCCCAAAAAGUCUAACUUUGCUUUAAGUUGGGAUUAAUGUGCCAGUGUGGUAUAGCAAAAAGAACAUUUUUAGAAUUUUUGUCUUUCGUUGAAAGACGAGGAGUUGUAUAAAGUGUGUGUAUAUAUAUAAACUGUAUAUUUACAUAAAAAAAACAGUCAUAUCAUGAGUGGUUCGAUUGGCCCAGACUGCUUAAUAAUUUCAUGGAAGAAUAUGGGGCCAAAAGAUGGGUUUGGUAUUCUUUUGUUCUCUUUCCACAGAUUUAUUUUCUACCACUCACAAGGAUGGACUCGCCGUAAUGCAACCUUAACAUCUGAUCCGUCGGAUGCAUUUACGCGUGCAUUAUUUUUGACCCUUCAUAAGCCUUUUUAAAGUUUUUUGAAACGAUCUCUGAAGACGCAGUUUGAUGUGAAGAGCUUUGUGAGUCCAUGAGUGGUGAUUUCUGUAUCUCUGUGUCUGAUAUCUGUAGUAAAUGCAGGUGUUUAGUAAAUAAAGUCUGUGUCACAGUUCA